AUGUUUACUGCUAGGGCGAAUAAUAGAGAUGUGGAUGCUUUAACUCAGGAUAUGGGGCAACUGAGUUUUGAUGGGGAUAUUGAAAACAAUAACAGACAUGAUAUUGUGAUCGAGGCACCUCAUACACCUUUGAGGUACCGGCAAAGGACGCCAAACCAACGGACGCCGAUUAAUAAACAGGCUGGGAAUUUGGAUGUGGGUAGUAGUGACUAUUCUCUGAUGGAUGUGGAUGAGAGGCCAAGGGAGGACAUUGAUUUAAGUAGAUCGCCUAAAAAGUUGCCGAUGGAUUUCCACAAGCGGGCUUCUUCAGCAAAAACCAAGAGACUUGUCAGUGUGUGUCAGAUGUUUUUCCUAGAUUAUUACUGUGAUAUGUUUGACUAUGUUAUCAGUAGGAGAGAGCGAACACGGCAGGUUAUGAACUACCUUGAACAGCAGCGUUCUCAAGGUCAUCAUAGUUCGCAGGAGAUAAAUAAUGAAUGGCAAAACUAUCUUUACAGGGAAACGGACGUUUUGCGAAAGAGGCGAUUAAAGCCCAAAAAUAAGGAUUUUGAGAUUAUUACUCAAGUCGGACAAGGUGGGUAUGGUCAGGUGUAUUUGGCGAGGAAGAAGGACACCAAAGAGAUAUGCGCUUUGAAGAUUUUGAAUAAGAGUUUAUUAGCCAAGUUAAAUGGUACAGAUCACGUUUUAACUGAAAGGGACAUUUUGACGACAACGAGAUCUGAAUGGUUGGUCAAGUUGCUAUAUGCGUUCCAAGAUCCCCAGAGUCUUUACUUGGCCAUGGAGUUUGUACCUGGUGGAGAUUAUAGGACGUUGUUAAUCAACACACGUUUCUUGCAAGCACCACAUGCUAGAUUCUAUAUUAGUGAAAUGUUCUGUGCGGUGGACGCACUACAUAAGUUAGGUUACACGCACAGGGAUUUAAAACCAGAGAAUUUCUUGAUUGAUUCUAAGGGACACAUUAAAUUAACAGAUUUUGGUUUAGCUUCUGGAACAGUUUCCAUGGAAAGAAUCGAAAGUAUGCGGAUUAGAUUGGAAGAGGUUAAAAAUUUGGAGUUUCCUGAGUUUAAAGAGACAUCUAUGGACUACAGAAGAAAGAUGUAUAAUAAAGUAAGAGAGAAGGAGCUGAACUACGCCUCUUCAACUGUCGGUUCACCAGAUUACAUGGCCUUGGAGGUGUUGGAAGCCAAGAACUAUGACUUCACUGUUGAUUAUUGGUCCUUAGGUUGUAUUCUUUUUGAAAGCUUAGUAGGCUAUACUCCAUUUAGUGGGAGUUCAAGCAACGAAACCUAUGAAAACUUGCGUCGUUGGAAACAGGUCCUAAGAAGACCAAGAUGUGAGAAUGGAAGACCUUCAUUCUCAGAUAGAACAUGGGAACUAAUUACUAGAUUAAUUGCCGACCCAAUCAAUAGGCUAAGGUCUUUUGAACAUGUAAAAAAAAUGAGAUAUUUUGCAGAAAUCGACUUUAGUAACCUGAGGUUCACAAGUCCGCCAUUUAUUCCACAAUUAGAUAGCGAAACUGAUGCCGGAUACUUUGAUGAUUUUACGAAUGAGGCUGACAUGGCCAAAUAUGCCGAUGUAUUUAAAAGACAAGAUAAAUUAAAUGCAAUGGUUGAAGAUACAUCAGGUGGAUCAAAAUUGGUUGGCUUUACUUUCAGACAUAGAAAGGGUAAAACUGGCUCUAGUGGUGUGUUGUACAACGGGUCUGAGCAUGCUGAUCCUUUUGCGACGUUUUAUUAA